CUUCCAUCGCUCGAACUGGUGCAUUCUUUGUGCUCGAGUAUCCCCAUGAUUUUGGGGUCUGGCGUUCAUUUAACAAGGCUAGGCUUAGUUCAGUUACCGAGCCUGGUAAGGCUAGAUUUGCUGCAUAUACAGUUGAGGAAACUUGCCGACAUGGCUAACUUGCGAUUCGAUGGACGUGUGGCACUUGUUACAGGGGCUGGCGGAGGACUUGGAAGAGAAUAUGCGCUUUUAUUUGCUGAAAGGGGAGCAUCUGUGGUUGUGAAUGAUCUUGGAGGGGACAUUAAAGGAGCAGGCAAAAGCCAAAGAGCAGCUGAUAAGGUUGUAAGUGAGAUCCGUGCGAAAGGAGGCAAGGCUGUUCCAAAUUAUGAUUCUGUUGAAGAUGGAGAAAAGUUGGUGAAAACAGCGCUGGAUAAUUUUGGCAGGAUUGAUAUAGUGAUCAACAAUGCUGGAAUCCUGCGAGAUCGCUCAUUUGCCAGAACCAGUGACUUGGAUUGGGAUCUUGUCCACCGUGUGCAUCUACGAGGGGCAUUUCAAGUCAGUAGAGCUGCGUGGCCUCACAUGAAGAAUCAGAAGUAUGGCCGAAUGAUUUUUACAACAUCGUCUGCUGGUCUCUACGGUAACUUUGGACAAGCCAACUACAGCGCUGCAAAACUCGGUUUAGUCGGUCUUUGCAACACCUUGGCGGUAGAGGGUGCUAAGUAUAACAUCAACUGCAACUCAAUAGCACCAUUUGCGGGAUCACGUCUUACAGAAACUGUCAUGACCUCAGAUAUGGUGGAUGCUUUGAAGCCCUUUUACAUUGCACCUAUUGUUGCAUAUCUCUGUCACGACACUUGUAAUGAAAAUGGAGGAAUCUUCGAAUGUGGUGCAGGCUGGUAUGCAAAAUUGAGAUAUCAACGAAGUAAAGGUGUUGUCGUCCGUAAAAAAGGUGUCAAGUACACGCCAGAAGAGAUUUGCCGCACAUGGGACGUUGGCACCGACUUUGAAGAUCCAUCUUACCCUUCCAACAUUCAAGAAGCAAAUUCUGUAAUGGUUGAAGCAUUGCAUGCAUAUAACCAAUCAGAUGAGCCGACCAAUGACAUCCAGAACAAAUCUGGGGGUGGCUUUAACCCAAGUAAAGCAAUUGGCUUUCAAUUCCCAUCAUCUACUUUCACAUACAGUUCAAAGGAUGCUAUUUUGUAUGCACUUGGAGUUGGUGUUUCAACUCAACAGGAAGAUCACUUAAAAUUCCUUUUUGAAUUGAAUGAGAAUUUCUGUGUACUGCCCUCAUAUGGUGUGAUUCCAGCACAAGUUAUAAUGGAUCUCAUUGGCUCUUCCAUUCCAGGUUUAGAGGAUAUUGAUGUAACAAAGAUUUUACAUGGUGAGCAAUACCUUGAGUUACACCGCCCUCUGCCAUCGUCAGCCACCUUCACCAGUGUCGCUACAGUCAUUGACAUCCUUGAUAAAGGUUCUGGAGCACUGAUUGUAAUUGGCAUUGAAACAUUUGAUGAGUCUGAGCAGCUUGUAGCCUAUAAUCAGUUCAUAUUAUUCCUUGUUGGAUCUGGCAACUUUGGUGGAAAGAGGAACUCAGAUAAAAUAAAGCCAUGUUGUAAGACCCCCAGCAGAGCUCCUGAUGCUUCAAUUAAAGAAGUAACAUCCGUUGACCAGGCUGCACUCUAUCGGCUGAGUGGGGACCGCAACCCCUUGCACAUUGACCCUACAUUUGCUGCAAUGGGAGGCCUCCCUCAACCCAUCCUUCACGGUCUCUGCUCCUUUGGGUAUGCCACACGUCAUGUUCUAAAGCAAUUUGCGGACAAUGAUGUCUCCAAAUUUAAAGCGAUCAAGGUGCGAUUUUCUAAGCCAGUGCUACCUGGCCAAACCAUCCAGACAGACAUGUGGAAGGAAGGCAAUCGUAUCCUUAUACAGUGCCAGGUUGCAGAGACUGGGAGUGUAGUAUUGUCAGGUGGUUACAUUGAACUCACGGACGUGGCUGGUGGAGCAACUACUGUAGCAUCAUCAACUGAGCAAGGAAACAGUGGUCUACAAUCAGAAAUGAUCUUCAAUGAAAUGGGCAAGCAAUUGGCUGCAGUGCCUGACCUGGUCAAAAAGGUUAAUGGUGUCUUCCUCUACAAUAUAACGGUUGGCAAGAAAAUAGCUGGAAAGUGGACUGUUGUUGCAAAAGCGCCCUCUGGAGAAGUAUACAAAGGAGAACCCAAGACUGGUAAAGCAGACUGCACAGUGACAAUAGCAGAUGAGGACUUUGUUGGACUUGUCACUGGCAAGCUUGUCCCUCAACAGGCAUUUAUGGCAGGAAAAUUAAAGGUGAAAGGUAACAUCAUGCUGCUUCAGAAAGCCGGACAACUUUUCCAACAGAAUGCAAAACUCUGAAGAUGUCAUCGCAUUGAGCAGAAAAUCCAAAUCAUUGAAAUUCUAAGGAAAAUGUUUUCUAGAAAUAUUUCAAAAAAGAAAUUCACAAGUUAACUGUACAUUAUUUUUGAUAGCAAUUAAGUUAUCAGAUGUUGUUAUAGACAUAAUUUCUAUUCACAUCAUUCUUUUGCAGAAUAUGGAUGAAACAUCAAAAUAUAUAAUUGAAUAUUGUGUUUAAUUUAUCAUAACAUGAUAGGCCAUUAGAAAUUAUAUGAAGUUAGAUAAAUGGGGAUAUGUUGUCACCUCACUUGUUUUCCCGAUUGAUUGAGAAUACAGUAUGUAUGUUCAAAUCACAAUUAUGUUAAUUAUCUAUCAGCUAUUAACAGAAUUAUUGAAAAUGGAUAUAUUUUAAUAAAUGAUAAUAUAGUUUAUCAGUGCAUAAAAAUGCAUACAAUGAUGUUUUGUCAUUGACAUUGUGAAAUAUAAAUAUAAUGAGUAAUAAAUUUAUGCAAUAGAACUAC